AUGAAUCACAAUUUGUCUGCUAGCGUGUCAAAGGUCGAAAAAAUCAUCCUUGACGGUAUCAAGGCAACAGGUCCAAUCCCCUUUUCAACGUACAUGCAACUAUGCCUCUCCCACCCUACACAUGGAUAUUACAUGAACCCGUCACACCCUGUUUUCGGAACAAGAGGCGAUUUUAUUACGAGUCCUGAAAUCAGUCAGGUUUUCGGAGAGCUCGUUGGUGUCUGGUUGCUGUCUCAAUGGGAAAAUGCGGGACGGCCUGCCGCUGUCAGACUUGUUGAACUUGGUCCAGGCAGGGGCACGCUGAUGGACGAUGUCCUACGAGUCAUCUCGCGGAUAAUACCUGGAAAUAGUUCCAUCAACGUACAUCUCGUUGAAACGAGCUCUUCAAUGCGUUCCUUGCAAGAAGCAAAACUGUGUUCAUCUUCACGACAAGCAAAGUUUGACAUUCACUGGCAUCAUUCCGUGAGCGACAUCCCACCCAGCGUUUCUGAGUACACAAUGUUUUUCGCCCAUGAAUUUUUCGAUGCAUUGCCAAUACACACUCUUCAGAAAACCGAAACUGGGUGGCAUGAGGUACUCAUUGAUGCGAACCCUGACUACAAUGCGACUGGGGAUUGCCAAACGGACGUUGAAAAACCCAAUGUUCUGAAAACCACCACAAAUUCAAAUUCUCGGUUGCGUAGGGUUCUUUCUCGCUCGCCCUCAGCUACAUCUACUCUCUUGGGCCAAUCUUCACCCAGGUUUUCGGAAAUACCUAUAGGCUCCUCAAUCGAGGUUUCUCCAACAUCUUUCAGGACGGCUAGGCAAGUAGGAGAACUGUUGUUGGGAAAUGUAAAGAAUCAGGAAGAUGAAUCAUCGCGGUCGCCUGGCGGUUGUGGUCUUAUUAUUGACUACGGAGAUGACCAUGUGUUUGGGGAUUCAUUUCGAGUAAGUCGCAUGAGAAAGGUCAAUUUGCAUUUUUUUACCGCGGCUGCGAAGGCAUUUAGCAACCACAAGCUCGUCGACGUGUUCGAUCAGCCCGGUGAUUGUGAUCUCACUUCAAACGUUGAUUUCACCUAUCUCAGAGAAGCCGUUGAAGAUCUAGUCACGGUCCAUGGGCCAAUACCGCAGUACAUGUUUCUAGAGAAAAUGGGCCUGCAGCUUCGUCUUGAUUCAUUGGUACGCGCAGCCAAGGCUGAGGCACGGAAAACUGCAAUUCGUGAUGCCGCAGAGAGGCUUGUCAGUAAGUCUGGAAUGGGUACGGAGUACAAGGUAAUGGGCUUGACUACAGGUGUAAAGGAUGGAGGGAAAGUGUGGCCUUUUGUAAAGGCUGAAACCGAAAAGUAA